AUGGAAAGCGAUAAAACCCGUGCCCUCAGAAUCGUUCGAGAUGCAGAACUUGUACACCCCGCUCUUCCUAUCGUUGAAGCAUUCCUCAAUGACGCGGUAGACGGCAACCGGGCUGCAAGAUAUCUGCUAGAAACAUAUGCCGACGAUGAAAAUGAUGUAGACUUCUCACGAUUUCUAAGGGACUGGAAAGAUCUGGUGGAACUUUUCUAUGCGGAACACCCUCAUUCCCAACAACUGAGUUGGAUUUUGCGGAAAAAAAUUGUGCGACGAGAUCAAUGCCGAUGUUGUGUGACUGGAGUUCGAUGUCGGUUUUGGGGCAGGUGGAAUGUAUUUCCCAUUAUCCCUUCAACAGCAUUUAGCAUACAAGAACAAAGACUAUAUGAUAUGCUUGGCGCAUUCACUACAUCUUCCCACCAAGCCCUACUCAAAGAUAAAACUUUAGAGAGUCAGACUCGAAAUCAUUGGACUUUGAGCAAGGAUGCGGCAAUAGCCUUUUCCCGAGGGAUGAUUCGGCUCGAAAAGCUAAAAGAAACAAAGUAUAACAUCAUAUUCAGCGACAUUGGAAAAGCUCCGGCGAUUCAAACGCCUUCCCGGCUGUUCAAUUGGCAAUGUGAUCUACAUGAUCACUCGAACUCUGGGAUUGACAGUCCUCAUCCGGAACUUCUUGAGAUACAUUCUCGGUUUUCUAGAGCUCUAAACUGGACUGAUGUCGCUAGGAAGAUAGAUAGUCGAUCAUGUAUACGCCGAAGUCGAAACAAAGCCAACAACUCUUUUAAGCAAUUUAUUACUAAUGCUUUGCUUCAAAUAUGGUCCAAGUUUCCUGAAAGUAUCCGAUUUUCAACAUACAAAGUCUUGAAAAGUGCGGGAUUAUAUCUCUAUGGGGACAACUUCGGUAUCGGAGUCCAGAGAUUGCCAUUCGGAAUGUACCUCAAAUAUGGACCAGAAGUCUAUGCAGACCGACAUGCUGCAGAAUUCAAUGCUCUUAAAGUUGUUCGAAGCCAAACUUCCAUCCCUGUGCCGAUCCCUAUAGAUUUCCUAGCCUCACCUACUGAGUCUUUGCUUGUGACAUCCCGCGUCGAAGGCGAAUCGGCAGGUCUCGCUAUAGACGAAUGCAGUGAUGAGGAGAUGCAUCAAAUGAGUCAGGAUUUGCGUUUCUACGUCGCCGAAUUACAUACCAUCGAACAGAGCAAAGACUCCAAAUACGCCAUCACCAACACAUCCGGGGGCCCUUGUUUGGAUUACCGUAUCGACAGCGAGGUAGUAGGACCUUUCCACAACGAGAAGGAAUUUAGCGAGUCAUUACAGUUGGGGAUACUUCCUGGAUUAAUGCAUCGUACUGAUCAUAAGAUACAUUUUACACACUCCGAUUUGAAUAUGAGGAAUAUUUUGGUCAAGGAUGGGAAGAUUUCAGGGAUUGUUGAUUGGGAGAAUGCGGGAUGGUAUCCUGAGUAUUGGGAGUAUACUAAAUGCCAUUUUGGCUGCAGGUUAGACAAACGAUGGUUGAAGAUGAUCGAUGCUACAUUUGAGCAUAGGUACCAAGAGGAACUGGAAAUUGAAAGGCAGUACUGGAACUAUCAUACCGGCUGGUAGAUUGGAUAAAGCUUGGGGAUGUAUUGUGCAGAAAAUUCAUGGAGAUGCAAUCGAGUCGAUGGGGGAAGAAGAAGAUCUGCUAGCGCUGUUUGACUAGGUAGGUAGGUAGUUACUGCAUCAGGCUUCCACGUGAUCUACCGACUUUUCUACUGAGGAGAUGGUUUAUGAACAUCACCGAAUCGGUUAUUAGUACUCAGUACGCCUUACCAGUUCGAUAUCCAAGAACAAGAUCUUCAAAUCAGUUCUCCAUCAUGCUGAAGUGGAUCUAAGGAACAGGAUACACGUGUUAAUCUACCAUAAUUUCCCUUAUCUAACAAAUGACCACCAAUACCUCUGUAA